AUGGCGGCGACUGGGCGGGCGUCGGUGCGGUCCGUGGAGAGGCACGGGGCGCCGCCCCGAGCCGCCGGGCGCUCCAGGUCGGUCGCCCCGCACCGCAGGCCCUCCCACUCCCUCGCGCGGCCUGCUGCUGACAACGACGGGGACUCAGAAACGGUCUUCUACACAGAUUCGUGCAGAGUGAGAGUUGCUGUAAGGCUCCGACCAAAGAACUCUGAUGACUUAGCUCAUGGCGCAGAUUUUGAUAGUUGUGUUGAGUUGCAGCCUGAGUGUAAGAAGCUGAGGCUAAAGAAAAACAACUGGAAUUGUGAAUCAUAUAAAUUUGAUGAGGUUUUCAGUGAAAACGCUUCGCAAAAACGAAUAUAUGAGGUCGUUGCAAAGCCUGUAGUUGAGAGUGUGUUAGAAGGAUAUAAUGGGACCGUGAUGGCUUACGGUCAAACAGGUACUGGCAAGACAUACACAGUUGGUCGGCUUGGAAAAGAUGACCCUUCUGAACGUGGAAUAAUGGUCAGAGCAUUGGAAGACAUCCUUUCUGUCAUGUCUUUGGAGACAGACGGUGUGGCAAUAUCAUUUCUUCAGUUGUACUUAGAAUCUGUGCAAGAUUUACUCGCUCCAGAGAAGACUAAUAUUCCAAUUGUUGAGGAUCCAAAAACUGGUGAAGUUUCUUUGCCUGGUGCUGCUAUAGUUGAAAUCAGAGAUCUUGAACAUGUUUUUCAACUUCUCCAAAUUGGUGAGAUGAAUCGUCAUGCUGCUAAUACUAAGAUGAACACGGAAUCAUCUCGUAGUCAUGCUAUUCUCAUUAUUCAUAUACAAAGAAGUUCAAGAGCAAAAGAUGAAAGCACUACCUCUCUUCCUAAUGGUACAGGCGACCUUUUUUCUGAUAGUUUACCACCUGUUCUCAAGAGCAAGCUCUUGAUUGUUGACCUUGCUGGAUCAGAACGCAUCGAUAAAUCUGGAAGUGAAGGCCACAUGAUUGAAGAAGCCAAGUUCAUCAAUCUUUCAUUAACAUCUCUAGGCAAGUGCAUUAACGCUAUAGCAGAAAAUAGUCCUCAUAUACCAAUAAGAGAUUCGAAACUUACAAGGAUACUGCGUGAUUCAUUUGGAGGGACUGCUAGGACUUCACUCAUUGUGACAAUAGGUCCAUCUGCAAGGCAUUUCUCAGAAACUUCAAGCACAAUUAUGUUUGGGCAACGAGCAAUGAAAAUAGUGAACACAAUAAGGAUAAAGGAGGAAGUUGAUUAUGAAAGCCUAUACAAGAAGGUAGAACGUGAGGUUGACCAUCUCACCUCAGAGAUGGAGAGGCAGCAAAAGCUCAAAAACAGUGAGAAAAUGCAAUUGGAGAGGAAACUCAGAGAAUCAGAGGCAUCCUUGAAUGAUUUAAAAGUUACAUCUGCCGUGAAAAUUGAGAAUAUAGAGAUGGAAAAGCAUCAACUGGAAUGUACAGUCAAAACAUUGAUGAUGGACCUUGAGAAAGAGAAAGGCAAAAACAAUCUUUUAUCCGAACAAAUCAUUUACUUAGAAACAUCGUUGGGUGAGAAUAAGCAAAAACAGCUUGAGAACAUUUCAAACACAAAUAUUCUUGCUGAUAAAACUAAAUCUGAUGAGAAGAAAAUAAGAGAACUGUUGAGGCAACUAGAAGAUGAAAGAUCACGUUCUGCUAGCAUGAACGACCAAUUAAGUGUACUACAAGAACUGAGUGAUGCUCAGAGCUAUGUUCAGGCAAAUAUGACCUGUGAAUUGGAAAAGCAGCUUUCCAGAACCACUGAAGAAUUUACGAGUCAAAUAUGCUCACUCGAAGAAAAAAUUGCUGAACUCAUAUCAGAGAAGGAGUUGGUGUAUGAAGAACUGAAAUCCACACAAGAGAAGGUGCAACAGGAAAUGAGACACAGACAGGGCCUUGAAGAUGAAAUUCUAAGGCUGAAACAAUCUUUGGCUGAUAAUUGUUCUGAAGAGUCUAAAGCAUUAUGCGGUAUGGUUAGAUCAGGAUCUGGGUUAGGUCAUGUGCCUUUUAUGUCUAAAUCAGGAAAAUCCAGAGAGUUUCUAUCUAGCCAGAGAGGUAACAUAUCAAAGAUAUUUGAAGAAGUCGGUCUUCCAAAUGUCCUGGCUCUAUUGAAGUCUGAGGAAAUAGAGGUGCAGAUCCAUGCUGUAAAAGUGGUAGCUAAUCUUGCUGCUGAAGACAUUAAUCAGGAAAAGAUCGUUGAAGAAGGAGGGCUGGAUGCUCUUCUGUCACUUCUAGAAACAUCAGAAAAUACCACAAUUCAUCGAGUCACUGCUGGUGCCAUUGCUAAUUUGGCAAUGAAUGGAUCAAACCAGGGCCUAAUAAUGAACAAAGGAGGAGCUCGAUUAUUAGCUAAUGUUGCAUUUAAAACCGAUGAUCCUCAAACGCUGCGGAUGGUUGCUGGUGCACUUGCCAACUUAUGUGGAAAUGAAAAGUUGCAUGUUAUGUUGAAACAAGAUGGUGGAAUAAAAGCACUUCUAGGAAUGUUCCGGAGUGGACAUAACGAAGUCAUAGCUCAGAUAGCAAGAGGAAUGGCUAACUUUGCAAAAUGUGAAUCGCGAGUAAUAAGUCAAGGUCACAGAAAAGGGAGAUCCCUCCUCAUCGAAGAAGGUGUUCUUAAUUGGAUGGUGGCCAAUUCGUCAGCGUUUUCUGCUUCAACUCGAAGACAUAUUGAGCUUGCCUUUUGCCAUUUAGCUCAAAAUGAAGAUAACGCCCGUGACAUCAUUCUAACCGGAGGGAUCAAGGAGCUCAUUCGCAUCUCAAGAGAAUCAUCCAGGGACGAUACGCGUAACUUGGCUAAAAAGGCAUUGAAUUCAAAUCAAGCUUUUUUGGAGUUUCAGUGAUUUAUUUUUUAUUUUAAAUUAUUUUACAUUUGGCAGAGAUUGUACCCCGAUAGUCCUUAUCCCUUGUCUAGCCCAUUAUACUCUUCCGCUGUUUAGUCCUUGUUACAUAAAUGUUUAGGGAACUGUACUGAACCGCAAUUGCAAAGGUAACCAUUACUAAGCCAGCCAAAAUCAUCAUCCUCACCAACUUGGAUCUGGU